GCUCACACGGUUCGUGUAUGGUCAAAUCCAACAAACUCGCUCAAAAGUUAACUGGCACUGGAACGAUUAGCACGCAGCAGAAAACCGUUCGUUUGUUCUCUCUCUCUCUCUACCAUCGGAAGAAGAAAAUCUUGAUCGCAGGCGGUGCAUCGGUACAGUUUAGUGUACCACUACGUGUACCCGGUGAAGUCAGUUGGUUUUGUGGUUUCGGAAGCAUAACGUACAAACAAGUCUGUGGAACAAGAAGCUUUUAGGCUUUGUGGCUUCUUCAACCGGCUGAGCCAUCAACUUUCUCUUCUACGCUUCAAAUUGGUUGAAGAUCAGCUGUAUCAGUAAUCAGUAUAGUGUACCGUUCGAAGGGUGUCGUAUUCUGGUCGGGUGUUAAUUACGAUAUAACUCGCACCGGAUCAAAAAAAUGGGAUUCAAACAAAAAGUGUUUAAAGUUGGUCUGUUUGUGAUGAUAGUGGCGAUUUUGCCGGGACUGCCACCCUAUCCUACGUUUCCGUUUAAAUCGUUCAGUGUCACUCCAUCUCGUCCCCUGGAGGGCGUCCUGGCCCCCAAUCAACUGCUGAAUAACGCCGAACAUUUACUGGAACAUCAACUGGUAUCACCGGAGACCAUCCUGGUGCGAGGGAACACAACCUACGCCACGGUGUAUGGUGGAAAAAUCUUGGAGAUCACCAACGGUGAUCAGAUUCGGGUGGUUGUCAAGUUCGGAAAGGAAUGUCAGGGUCACUACGACGAACGAGAAUGCGGUCGGCCACUGGGGAUGGCCUUCGACACUCAGGGAAACAAUCUGAUCGUGGUUGAAGCGUACACCGGAAUCUGGCAGGUACAGAUCAAAACUGGCGAAAAGAAGCAACUCGUUUCGCUGGAUGUCGUCAUCGAAGGAGGAAAGGUGUCACGGAAACCGAAGGUUCCGAAUGCGGUUGCGGUGGCGAGAAAUGGCGACAUUUAUUGGUCGGAUACUUCGUCGGAUUUUAUUUUCGAUAACGCUAUGCUAGCGAUGCUGGUUAACCCUUCCGGUCGGCUGUUGCAUUAUUCACGGGCAACCGGCAAAAGUCGAGUGCUGAUUGAUGAGGUGUACGGAGCGAACGGAGUUGCUUUGAGCAAAGAUGAGAGCUUAGUUUUGGUCGGAGAGCUUGGCGGACAACUGAUUCGGCGGUACUAUUUGAAGGGGCCGAAAACGGGAACCUCGGACAUCUUCAUCGAUGGAUUGCCAGGAUCGGUAGAUAAUUUGGAGGCAGAUGAGAACGGGAUCUGGGUUGCGAUUGUGAUCGCUGCCGAUCAGGACAAUCCUUCCCUGCUGGCCAUGUUGGCCCCGUUCCCUAAUCUACGCAAGUUCUUCGUCAGAAUGCUGAGCCUCGCGGAACUUCCGUUUGAGUUUAUUUAUCAGAAGACGGGCAGCCAUUUGGCACUGCAUGUGACGAAUUUCAUUGGGAACUUGGGGGGUGUGAAGGUUUUAUUUCCCAAGCGGGGGACAGUUCUUCGGCUGGAUUGGGAGGGUAACAUCGUGGCGGCUCUGCACAGUGACGAUGGUGUGACGAAUCUUAUUGCGCACGCCGUACAGAGUGGAGAGUACCUGUUGCUCGGUUCACCGAUUCAUCCCUGGAUUGGUAGGGUUCGGUUGAAUGAGGAAACCUUGAAGAUUGUGAGAUCCAAGGGUCGGAAAGAACAGAAACCGGCCGUAAAUGAGAAAUCGAAGCAGAAGGUUCACCAUGAACUGUAGGAUUUAAUGGGUGUGUGUUGGUAGUUAUUAAAAUAUAAAUAAUAAAUGUGAUUACUGAGA